AUGGCGGUGGACGGGGGUUCCAUCUCGUCCUCCGCGCCGCCGAACCAUGGCAUGGCUCAGGGACCCGUCGAAGCUCGUUCGCUGUCGUCAAUUACGGGCAUCGCGUCGAAUCCUCCAGCAUACCCGCGGAAUCCCACGCAGAAGAAGCUAGACCCGUUGGAGUUGUAUAUUGUGAGGGUUCCGGGGAGUAAAGAUGUGUUCCUUUCCCCUCUCAAGCCACCCACCAAAGAUAGCGUUUCCGCAGAAGCUAUCAAUGCUUCCCUUUAUUACCUCCACGUCGCGACGCCAGAGGAUGAGGCUUUGCUACAGGAGGUGGAAGAGGAGCGGGAACAGGAGGCCAAAUUGCGCAGGGAGAUGCAUGGUGACGAAGCGGAAUCCGGUCCAAUGCAGCAAGAGUUUGCGCGAUUGAAUAAUGUACGACGGAAGCCGGUCCCUGGUGGUGCUCCUACUGCUGGUACUGGCAAUGCGGACGCGAAUUCGAUUACCCCCACUCCUCCGCCAUCUUUGCCGUCGCAGGAGAAUAUUGCUCCAGCUGUCCCCGAGCAUCGGCCUCAAGCUUCGCCUCCCCCUCCCUUCGCAGAGAGUGUGCCAGACACCGAACCUCCAAAAGAAGCCGGCCAACGGGUGCAGUUUAUGGAGCGGAAAUCGACCAUAAAGCGGAAGCCUACGAUACGGAGUCCCGUGCCACAGCGACCACUUCCUUCUGUUCCGAAUGAGGAGCCGUUGGAAACCAUGGAAAACGGCCACCCUGCUAAGAGGAAUAACCGGUGGAGUGCGCUGGCAGGAUAUGUGAAUAUACAAGGGCUCGAAGGCUGGAAGGAAAAGUAUGAAGCGAUAUCGAACAAUCGACACAGCUUGGACUCCAGACGGACGGAACUACGGCCGCCUUCCUCGCAUGAAUCGCCGCGGAGAAGUCCAGGGCUGUCCCCUAGCCGGAGGUCGCACGACAGCAGGUCCCCAGAUCCCAGUUCUGGAUUUCAUAUUACCCUCAUCCGACGAGAUCCUACACAUGGAACGCAGUGGAACGUAGCGACAAUUUCGACUACGCGAUUGGAUGAAGGUGCGAUAGAUUUAGAGAUCUCAACUCCUGGGUACAACCGUUUUCUCGCACAGGAUGAACCGAUAUCUCUCGCGAGUUUGGGAUUGAAUUCAGACAAGAUGAAUGGUCCAUCAUUUUCUGCACUCCAAGCCCUUCAGCAACAAGCUGAAUCGCAUGGAGCGGUUCCGCAUAAUGAUACCCACGACAACAGCUCACAAGAACCAGCCGGUCCAAAGAGGUUCCGUCGCAAACUAUGUGUCUCAAGGCCGUUGCAAGAUGAAAAACGAGGUUCAAUGGACCAACAAUCUGCACCACGCGGCUCCAUCGACAGCAUCGGUCCCGGCAGUCCACCACCAAAGACGCAAAGCGGACAUAGUCUCUCUAAGCUCAAAAGCGGCUACUACACCUUCAACUCACCCUGGAACGGUAUCUGUACAUUCUCAACGAGCGUGAAUGGCCGCAGUCUGAAAUGCAAACAUAUGAUUCCUCUCCAGGCUCCUGCUGGGUUUCCCCCAAUUUCCGCGCAGACGGUGGGCAGCAGUCCAGCUGUGACAGUCGCUGAAAUCCGCUUCAACACACCUUUCCAACCGGGCCACCUUCACCAUCAACCUAGUCCCACACAUCUUUCUCCUUGGCAGCUCAGCCAAACACCCACCUUCGCCAACCCUCAUGCCGACCCCAACGACCAACCCUUAUCCACCAUCCCCGGCAACAUCCCCCCAGAACGACAGUCCCCACCACUGCAACCAACAAACCCAACCUCCAAACGCGCCUCCCUCGCCCAAAUGCUCAAUCCCAACCGCCCCCGCGCCCACACCACCAACAACACUCUAGGGAACAUCGGCCUAACCCGCAAACCCUCCACCGCCAGCACAGCCAGCAAGAGUAGCGACGACCCCGAUCGUUUGGACUUCUCACUUGCUCGUGAGCGUGCUGGUGGGGGGAUGCGCGGGAAGAGUGCUAAGCUGGGGAAGCUGGUGGUUGAGGAUGAGGGAAUUAAGAUGUUGGAUUUGGUGGUUGCCGCUUGUAUGGGGGUUUGGUGGAGGGGGUAUUAUUAUUGA